AUGUCUUUCCAUGGUCUCUCUAUCUGCACAGAAGUGUCUUCUGGCGUCAGCAUCCACGGCAUUGUUAUUGACCACAAUCUGAAAGACCAGCUCGAACACGCUAUAGGUCCAGGGGUGAAGAAGUUGUUAUUGCAGCGAAGCCUGACUGCAGAGGAAACACUGAAUCUGAUUAACGCCGUUGCCAUGCCAGCGAAAGACCGAGCCACACAGUCUAUUUGGGCGAGGAGACGCCUCUUCGUGUCAGACGUCAUCGCAUUGGAGAAUGCACAGCACAACUCGCCGCAUACCACUCUUGAAUUCAAACCUUCCCAGCCUACCAGGAUCAAACUCGAAAACGAAUUUAUCCAGCGCUUAAAACUCGUCCUGGAUGCGCGGGCUUUCUACGAACAAUCCAAAGCUGUAGUUUGCUCGAGAAGUGUCAACGUGUAUUUACUUGAGCCUAUCAUACAUUACCUUAGCAGCACGGGUCGUUGGGAGUACUACGAUUUUUGGAUUUACCUAAGCCUGGCGAUUACCCUCGAGAACUACAUGCUCAGAACUCCUAAGAUCUACCAAAUUGGCGCUAUCUCUCCGGACGUAACAGAGCAAUAUUUCGUGACCCGGUAUUUCCUUACUAGGUUCCAAAAAACCGAGUGUAUCUGUAUACAAGGUGGAGACUUAAUUAUUACCUUCAUCAUGUGGGAUGAGUCCACGCAGAUGGAGAUUGAACUGGCAGUCGAACGGAAAGAUCUCGUCGGAACACGUGUCCUGGAGCUUCUAAAUUCCUGA